AUGGACAAUAAAAUUGUAACUUUAUGGGAAAAUGAUACCAACAACUCGGCAACUCAGGACAAUCUGGACUAUGAAAUGGACACCAAUUCAGACUCUGCUCAAAAUAAUGGGAACGGAAAAAGUGCUGUCAGAAUUCCAGUCGCUGUUAGGGUUCAACAUGCUUCCAAAACCUAUGGGGCUGGUCCGGAAGUACUCAAAAAUCUCAGCAUGACAAUUGAAAAGGGAACAAUUUAUUCCCUUCUGGGCUCAUCCGGCUGCGGGAAGACGACCUUGUUGUCGUGCAUUGUGGGAAUUCGGAAACUAGAUUCGGGAGAAAUUUCCGUCUUCGGUGGAGAACCAGGUUCUCGGGAAAGUGGAAUUCCAGGCAAACGUGUGGGAUUCAUGCCGCAAGAAAACUCAUUGUACAAUGACUUUUCAAUUAAUGAGUCAAUGCAAUAUUUUGCCGCUCUGUAUGACAUGAGUGGUCACGACCUGAGAGAAAGUCGUGACUUUCUCGUCAAAUUCUUAGACUUGCCGGACCCUGAGAGAAGCAUAGGGACUUUGAGUGGGGGUCAAAAAAGAAGAGUUUCACUAGCACUUUCUUUGAUUCAUUCUCCUGAACUUCUCAUCUUGGACCCCACAGUCGGGAUCGACCCCUUACUUAGGGAAAACAUUUGGAAUCAUCUCUUAAGUCUCGUUGCAAAAAAGAACACCACUGUUAUCAUAACUACCCAUUAUACGGAGGAAGCUCGUCCAUCCAAUAAGAUCGGACUAAUGCGAGGUGGACGCCUCAUCACGGAGUCCAGUCCGCAAGAACUGCUCGCCCAACAUGAAACCAACUCGUUGGAAAAUAUUGUUUUAAAAUUGUGCAAAAAUGACACAGCAAUUGCAACGAUUACAUCCAUCGGAAAAAUAACUUACCGCAAAUUUUCCUCCGCCGGCUCAAUCCAAUACAAACCGUAUGAAUCGACUACAUCCUUCCAAAGGAUUAAGGCUCUAGUGGGCAAAAACUAUGUGGUCAUGACGAGAAAUUUAAUCCUCCUUUUGUUCAUGAUGAUCGUCCCUGCGACACAAGUCCUCGUCAUUUGUCUGGCUAUAGGAAACGAUCCCAAGCCUAUGUGGAUGGGAGUGGUUAAUCACGAAUUAAAUUACACUUCCUGUCCGAUACUGGAUCCUGCAAGUAAACAAGGUGAAGGAUGCGACGUGGAGAACUUGAGUUGCAAAUUUCUCGCGGAAAUACCUACCGACACGAUUUAUUUGAGAGAUUACGCAACCGAUGAGUUAGCCAGAGAUGCUGUGAAAGCUGGAAAAGUGUGGGGAUUCUUCACUUUUCCGAAGAAUUGGUCGGAUAACUUGUACGAACGUGCCAGCGCGGCAGGAACGAUAGAGAAUGAAACCUUGCGAGGAUCCUAUGUCAAAAUGGAGAUGGACUACUCAAACAAGCAAAUUUCUUACGCCAUCAAAAGCGAGAUUUAUGACGCGUUUGAAAUAUUUCUGAAGGACGUGUUAGUAAAGUGUGGAUUUUACGAGGGUUUGGCAGAAUCGCCGAUUCAGGUAAGCCAGCCAUUGGUGUUAUCGGUAUUUUUCCAUUUUGAUGGUUAUAAAAAGGGUAUUCAUUACGAGUUCAAAUGUUAG